AUGGUUUUUCAUUCAAUUGACAUGGCGAUCUGCAAUCCGUGGUUGGAGUAUUUACAAGAUUGUAAUUUAUUGGGUAUUGAAAAGAAAAAGCAAAUGGAUUUACUACAUUUUAAAAUGAGGCUUGCAGACAAUCUUAUAAAUUUGGGAAGAUCCGACAAUAUAAAGCGACCUCGAGGACGACCAACUAGCGCUUCACGCCAUCGCCUUCACCUCCUUCAAAAAAGAAAACGGCAAAGGAAUCAAAGCCGUAUCAAAAAACCCGUUAUGAUAACAUAG